AUGUGGGCGGCUCAGUUCCUCAAGAUCGAGGAGCCCAACCGGUGGAUGACCUCGGGCGGCCUCGGCACCAUGGGCUACGGCUUUCCGGCAGCGAUGGGCGUGCAGGUCGCCCAUCCCGACUCGCUGGUCAUCGAUGUUGCGGGCGAGGCGUCGCUCCUGAUGGUGAUCCAGGAGCUCUCGACGAUGGUGCAGCACCGGCUGCCCGUAAAAACCUUCCUGCUCAACAACGAAUACAUGGGCAUGCUGGCGGAAUCCUUUGGGGCCACGGGUCUGCGGGCGAAGCGGCCCGAGGACGUGGACGACGUGAUCCAGGCCAUGAUCGAGACGCCCGGCCCCGUAAUUGCCGACAUCCAAGUCGACAAGGAGGAGAACGUCUAUCCGAUGAUCCCGGCCGGCGCCGCGCACUACGAGAUGAAGCUCGGCCCCGAGCACGGCGAGCUUGAGGAGCGCUCCGAAGACGGGAUGGUGCUCGUCUAG